CGAACAACUGAACUCAGUUGGUGAUGUUUUAUUUUAACUUUAUAUAUUUAUCGAACUUAAGGACGUUGCCGUUAACAUCGUUACAUUGUUUUGUUACAUCUGAAUUCGAUAAGCGGUUUCGCUUUGUGGUAGUUUCACACUUUCAAACUAAAACCGAAAGAUAAUGUUAAUUGUAUGUAAUUCGGUGCGUAACCGUGCAUAUUUCACGUAUAUAGCUGUAUUUUAGGUGUAUGUGGUAAGCUAUUAUAAAAAGUGUAAUGAAUAAUAUAUAUUUGUUACGUUUUACCCGUCUGAAUGCGAAACUUGGGGCCUUGUUAGGGCCCAAAGAGACGCCAUCAUGUUAGGCCAGGAAUGCGAUGUCGAUGUCGUCGCCUUCGUCUUAAUUCGCGUUUGUCCUUACAUGCUUUAACAAAAUAACUGUUACUUAUUUUUUAGAUAUACGUUUUAAAAAAAUGAGUUUGAAGUUUGAGUUGCAUUUUGAAUAUUAAAUUGACUUAUCGUGCAAAUUAUUAUUUUGGUCUACCUAUGCACGUGCCCAUGCAAUGACGGACAAGGCAGUGGUUGAUAUUGAUUAUUGAUAUAAACGCAGUUUUGGACUAGAUUGUCGUUUGUGGUAAAUAUUUUAUCAUUGUUUAAAAUGCAUUGACAGCAAAGACCUUAAACUAUCUGAUUUUAUUUAGAUGUUUAUUAUUUUUGCAUUUAAGUUUUAUUAAUUUUUUUAAAUAACAAAAUUGACUUAUUAAAUGUUUAAGGGUCUUUUUGGACAGGGCUUAUCCUAGUCUAAAAUGCAUGUUUAAGAUGUCUUUAUUUAAAAACAUCCUGCCCUGAUAUAUUUUAACCUACAUCAGUGCCAUUGUUUUGUCUCAGUAUGCAGACCAGUAUUGUUUUUAUAAUGUAUGUUUGUAAAACUACUUCAAUAACCUAAUAUAACUAAGGCCUAGUCCUGCCCCUAAAUGUAUUCGCUCAAAGAUAUGUAAGAAGAAUGGCAUGUGAUGCAUUACUUAUUGCCUUUUUAUUUGCUUGGAUUUUUUUAUUGUAGGCGGCCCUUAAAUUUGUUAUGCAAAUAUUAGUAUAGAAACUGGUUUGCCAUUACACUGCCAACCAGGGAUGUUUUUACUUUAGGAUCCUAAAGGCAGACUUAAAAUUUAACUUAAGUUAGGUUUUUUAUUUUGUGGUGGUUGUAUGUUGGUCUUAUUAAAGCAGUGUUUUUUUUUAUUUGUGGACCUCAACAAACUUUGAGGAGGGCCUGAAGAAAUGAUAAAAAUUAGACAAAACAAGCAUCAAAAUAAAAAAAUAAGUUUCUUUUUAUAAGAAAUAUACAUCUUUUUAGCUAAAUCGUUGUCAAGUUAAGAACUUUAAUGUGUAGAAAUUGUGUGUGGAGGCUUCAAAUGGUGUUGUAGACAAUGGGGAGCCUUGAAGUGAAAAAAUCGAGUAGUCAUUGUCAUUAGUUUACCCGUCCUGAAGUAAUUUCCAAUGUCAUUUUUUAUUUCACCAAAGGUAGGUGAUAAAGGCCAAAAAUGGUGAGACGUCGUAAAGGAUCUCCUCAUUCCAAACACAGGCCUUUUACUGACAACUACAAUGCCAUGAAUCAUGAAGGGCGAUUUGGCCCCCCUUCAAGAAGUCAUAGAGGUUUCAGAGGACCUCCUGGAAAAGCCCCACCCAGCUGGAGAGAGAGCAACAGCAGUGGACCCCAGCCAUACCCCAAGAGGCCCUCACACAUGGGUGAACAUAGAGAGAGACCUGGUCAAUGGAUGCAACAGAACCAAGAUCACUUCCACGGAUAUCCCAGGUCACAGGAUUCACAGCGGGGCCGCAGAAGGCCUUCUCCACCCCGCUCGAGCCGGCCUCCCCCAGUGCAGCACAGGCAGUCCCCACACGGCGGUCCUAUGCAUGGACCACCUAGUCACAGAGCACCACUCUUCCACGGAAACCACAUCAGCAUCCCAUCACCAUCUCGCCAUUUUCAUGGACCUCCAUCAGACCGGAGGGUUCCAUCUCCCCACAGUUCCUUCAGAGGUCCGCAGCGACGCCCAAGCCCUGCUCAAGAGCAUGAGAGAGGCUGGGGUCCCGGACCUCGGGAGAGGCCAUUCGGAAGAUCGGCAUUUGGAGGGCAGAACUGGAAUGGGCCGGGAGGUUACUCGCAUGCCCCCAGUGGGGAUUCUAGGCCCUCUGGCCCACCCCAGAGAAAACCCAGAGAGUUUCCUGGAAGGAGUUCAUAUCAAGAGAGGUGGUCUGGAGAGAGAGAUCAACAUGCACCGUAUCAUGGAGAUGCUGGAAGGGAGUCUCGUCGCCCCAGCCUGGAUUGGACACACAGAGGAGAGGCCAGUCCAAACUCUCGACCCCCUUACAGAACACCAGCACGCAAGCCAGGUCCACCCUCAUUGGCAUCAUCUUCCAGAUUCUUUCCUCCUCUACGACCCCAGGACAGGCCCGCCGGACGGCCAAUGAAGAGGAGGAUUCCAGACUUCAGAUGUCCGCCUGCAAGCGAUUUGGAGCACGGACCACCAAAGCGCUUUCGAAGAGAGUUUUCAGUGAGACCUCUUCCUCUCAGAGGCUUCAGAGGUCACGGUUUGACCCUUAAUGAUAAGAGUCGACUGCUAAAGGUACGGAAGUUUAGGGAAGAGUCAGUGGCCAGGUUCAGGCUGCCCCCACCUAGGCCAAGACUCGCAGACAGAUCCCAGAAACCCAAGCUUCAGACAACACCACGUAAUAGCAAAGAUUCCACAGAUGGUCAACCACGCAAGGUGUCCCGGAAAAAAGAUACGAAGAUGUCAUCACCCAGAGAGUCAUCUCCCAACCCAGACUCCAAGACAGCUGAACCUAAGAGGGACUCCGAAACAAAGGUGGAAUCCCGUCGCUCUGUGAGCGCACACAGAUCCUCACCAAUAGACAGGAGACUUUCACGUGACCUUGUUGUGGUUUCUCAUUGGGAGGCGGGACACAAACCAAGCACUAGCCCUAAAAAUAAUGCACCCUGGAGGAAUAGAGCCCCCAAGAACAAGUCAGAAGGCUCAGAAUCUGAUGGAAGUUUAACUCUUAAUGAACGCUUUACCAAGCUUAAGAGUCCAGAACAGAAGGACAGACGACCUUCUGGAGGACCAGAAAAAUCCCUGAGAAAGCCUGGGCCAUUUCAGCGGCCUAAUUUCCGCCCAGUUGGAGUAAAUACAGGACCAGGCCCACUUGAGAUUCCUAGAAAACCCUUGAUGGCCACUAUUAUUCCAAGACCACCCUUUAGUUCGAAGCCUGUCUUCAAGAAGAGCCAAAGUAUCAUGUCAAAGUACAAGAACUUGCAGUCGCUACGGCACAAGGUUCCCCAUCAACGGCAGGCCACUAGCUAUCGCCGGUGGUGAAACACAAUGAUCAUGCAUCAUGGCAAGUUGUCCAUCAUCUUCGCAGAGCUUCCCUACUCUUGACCCCUGUCCUUUAUCUGCUUCUGCAAGGAGAUCCCUGUAAUCAAUGUAAAAAUGGCAAAAAAAAACAAGUCUUUAUUUCCUCUAUCAUUUUGUUUUAUGGAGUUUUUCCUUUGAUAUUAUUUUGCGCAGUGUAGACCUAAAGGCCUUGAAUUUUGUGCACUGGUCCUUUUGGAGAUUACAGAAUAUGUCUGAUGUUUAAAAUAUACCAUUAACUUAUGUACAAAGCUUUCUCUUUACAAGAGUUUUGUGAAUCUGAUUUUAUCUUUGGUUAAGAUUCUUUCACAUCUCUUCAAUGUUUAUAUGUUUGGUGUCUGAAUAGCUGCUUUCCAAAAGUGACUGUUAUCAAUGAUAUAAUGCCUGUAGAAUGCUUUGUAUGGUGCUCACAGUUUUCAGUUGGUUUCUCUAAAUGACGGCGGUGUGUUUCCAUUGGCUGAGCUGCACGUUAAUAAGUGAUUUCACCAAAUGUUUUUUUUUGUGCAGCUCCUAAAACACAAUGUACAGUCUUUGUAGUCACACUUUGAAUAAAACUGGAAAUAUCA